UCCUGUCAAUCAAUCCAGCGCGUCAUGUGUCUCAUUCACAGGUGAUAUCUAUUAGCUUACCUCAUAUGCUGUCAGGUGUCGUGUCCGUGCACCAUCAGCCCGUUUCCCUAACUGUGAGGUAUUUUCUGUGGCGGGUUGUUUUUUUUUUUUUUCGGCAAGCUGCAGUCGGCUUUGCAGAUGCCAUGUUUGAGCAGUGAGCAUGGCGGAAAAUCAUCUGGAGUACGGCUACCUGGAGGGCGAGUCCAUGGGGGAGCAUUUCGCCGAGGACCCGGAGCUGGCGGCCAUCAAGGCCAGGGUUCAGGAGCUGGAAAUGGAAGAAGAGUCGGAAAGACUGAAGGAGGAGGAGAGGUGUGAUGCAGGAGAGAUGCAGCUCCUGACCAGCAGCCCUCGGCCCGGACCUUUCUACAAUAUGACUCCUGAGGAGAGGAUAGACGCAGACAACAGAUCAGUCUAUGUAGGAAAUGUAGACUAUGGGGCUACUGCAGAUGAGCUGGAGAUCCAUUUCAACGGCUGUGGCCCUGUCAACCGAGUUACCAUCCUGUGUGACAGGUUCUCUGGUCAUCCCAAGGGCUUUGCUUACAUUGAAUUCUCUGAUCGAGACUCUGUGCAUAGUGCUAUUGGUUUGCAUGAGACGUUGUUCAGAGGAAGAGUCCUUAAGGUAAUGCCUAAGAGGACCAACAUGCCCGGCAUCAGCACCACAGACAGGGGAGGUGGUCACCGAGGUGGCCACUCCAGAGGGAGAGGCCGUGGUUACCGUCCACCCCGAUACCAGAACAGCUCCCGAGGGAGGUUCCGGUACCAAUCGACCAGGCCACAACAUCAAACGCCCCACCCUUACUACGGAGGCCCCUCAGUGGGGAAGAGACAGUGGGGACACAUGGACUACCAUGAACAGAUGCCUAAACGAUAUCCAUGUCUUCUUCUCAUCACCCCACCAUCAGAGGAGUUGGGGGCAGGGUCGAGUGGACAGCACUACCCUCAACAGCGCUAGCGCUACCCACAGCAUACAUACUAAAGUGGGUGAAUAGAACUGAUUCAUUUUAAAAGAAGUGUUUCCAGGAAUUGCUGAGUUGAGCAUCACGUGAGAAAGCCAGAACGGAUGGCAGAGAUGACUUUCUAAUUUGCACCCCUGCAUCAGUCCUUCCAGUAGCUGAGAUGUGAAGAAUGAGGACUGGAGUCAGAGGUGUUGCAUUAUAAGCUUAUGUUGCUGUGAAUGCAUGGGACAAUCCUCAAAAUGUUAUGCAGUUUGCAUCUCUUACCGUUUUUACAAAUUGAUGCGAAUGUAUCGUGUUGCUGCCUGCAAUGUUAUGUAUAAAUCCUCCCUAUGUAUAACUUAUAAGUUCUUUGCUAUGUAAGUGAAUGAAUAAAUAAAAUAAUGAUCCGGUG